UUGCGCCCAAGAUGCUCUUGGCGCUGCUCUGCGGCAUGACGACCGGCGCGGCCUUUAUGAACGCGACGCUCCAGAUCGUGCUCAUCCUCGUCUUCCACAUUUGCUUUCUCGUGCACCUCGAGCAGUGCCAGCCGUUCCAGACGCGCUUCUUGCAGCACUCGAUGGCGCUCAUCACGCUCGUCAAGAUUGUGACGCUGAUCCUCUCGAUGUUUUUGAUCUCGUCGAUCGAAGGGCUGCCGCAGGGCUUCCACGACGUCGUGAGCAACAUCAUCGUCGCGCUCCAGCUCCUCGUGCUUGCCGCGCUCAUGGUGCGCCAAGUCGUACUCCUCUACCAGCGCUGGCGCGCCGAGAAGAUGCACGACGAGCAGCAGGCCGCGAUGGAGUCGGCGCUCAAGCCACUCGAUAGCCUCGAGACGCUCGCCGUCCUCCGCCGUCCGUCGAUGGACACCAAGUCGACGUUGCAGCCGGCCAAGAGCGACGGCAUCAUGCGGUUGUAGCACAUUUGGUCUAAGCACAGCCGACGACUCGAACUGCGAUGCC